AUGGACAACUCGACGGGACACACGCAGGCCAUGCAGGCAACUGCAGACUCGAUCGAUGCACAGUCGAACAGCUCGCAUGGCAACAGCCCACCCGCACCCGCUCAGUCCGCACGCUCGACCUCGCCCUCGGCACCGGGACCCUUUGUCAACGGCCUUCCCGCAGCGACCACCGCUCCCAGGCGCGCGAUCCCAGCGUGGAUGUCCAAGGAGAGGCUCGGAGAGAUCAAGGACGAGCUCGCGCAGGCCCAGGAGUCUGUCGUCGACAUCAACAUCGCCAAAUCCCUCGUCGACCACGGACUGGCGGCUUACGACGUGGUUGCCGAGACUGAGGAGCGGUACGAGUCGCAGCUCUCAACCGCCACCUCCCUCCGCACCCACCUCGAAUCCGAACUCGCCGCCCUCCCCUCCUUCUACGCCUCGCGCGCACAACUCGAUACGGACCGACUCGUGACGGAGAAUGAGCAGUUGAGGGUACAGGCUAGGGCUUUGGCGAGGAAGAUUACGCAGGGGAGGGAGGGAGAGGGAGAGGGCGAGGGGGAGAUGCAGGAGGAUACGGAGGUUGAGGAGGAUGCGGGAGAGAAUGUGAGCGGGGCGGGUAGGAGGAAGGAGGAUUUGGAGAGGGAGAAUAAGGCGUUGAAGUCGGACGUGCGCUUCUUGCAGGAGAAGCUCAAGAUCUCGCAAGCGCAGACGAACCGCCUCGAGCACGAACUCCGCAGUAUCCGCUCGCAUCUCCUGCACGGCACCCCGCUCGUCAUAGUCGACCACGAAGUCGGCCUGCCCUCCCCUCCGACCGACGUCUCCGCCGCCGAGUCGCCCGCCGAGGUCCCCUCCAUCGUCGCCGAGUCGGCUCUGCCUGCCCUCCCUCGCACGCUCGACUUUCCAGGUCCGGCUGCCGCUUCGACCAGCGCCGCAGCCCAGCCGACGCCCAAAGUGCCCGCGAAGAAACCUCUUCCGAAGCUCGACGCACCUAAAUCUCGCCCUGCGAUUCUCGGCGACGCAGAAGCCGAGCUCCUCCUCCACGCCGGCAAGACCUUCUCGCAUGUCCGGCGUAUCAAUCGCGUCCCGCUCUCGUCGGCGAUCGCAAGGAGGGCGUCGGAAAUUGUGGAUGUUGCGGCGGAGUACCAAGUCGAAGACGAUGAGGAGGGACAGGAGCAGAUGAAGGGCGAGCCGUUCGAUGAGGACUUGUACUCCACGCCAUACGCUGGAGUCUCGUCGCGCUACGCGGUCGGGAGCGUUCGUUGGGACACUCUGCCGCCUAUCCCGUCGACUUCGCGUCACCCGGCAGGCGAUGGCUUCGACGGCCUCCUCCAGCUCGCCGAGGCCUCCUCGCAAGAAGACGUUACGGGCGGCGCUCCUCGUCCGCUCAAGCGCCGCCGCGCCGCUUCGAAUGCGCACGACGACGACGAGUGGGUCGGCGACGACGAUUAUGCACCUGGUCCUUCUUCCCGGCGCGCGACCGCUACGGGCGGGAACGACGACCCAGACUACCUGCCUUCGCCUCCUUCGGCCGCGCAAGGAGCGUCUUCCUCCUCGAAGGGCAAAGGGCGCGCGCUCGGACAACGACUCUCGGCGCUUGACGUCCUGGUCCAGGCGAGCGCGAGUCAAGAAGCUGCGGAUGGCUCGGAAGGUGCGGGACGGUCAGCACACCCGCCGCUGGUCGUCUCGUCGAAUAAGAAGAAGGGCGCGGGAGGGAAGGGGGCGGCGGCGGGCGAGAACAAGAACGAUAGCAAGAAGGCGAGGAGCCCGUACAUCAAGUGGAACCUGGCCGAGGACGAGAUGCUUCUCAAGGCUGUCAUCCAGUGCGGUUGCGCCUGGGACAACGUCGCCAAGCUUUGCCCGACGCGCGCGUACCACCAAGUCCGCCAGCGCUUCCUACGCGGCCUCAAGAGCGGCGAGACGCUCCCUCCCGAGCUCAUGCACCUCCAGCCAGCCGUCCUCAAGAGUGUUGCCGACUACGAGGCGAAGAAGAAACGCAAGAAGGCCGCCAAGCAGGCAGCGCAGGAGUUCGAGCGGCGCGAGGCCGAGAGACUUGCAGCGGCCGAGUAA